UCUGCGCUUGAGGCUUAGCAGAAAAUAUGCAGCUGCAUUUGAUACUGUGACCCCACGAAGGGAGCCGUAAGCUCUCCUUCGGUGCGAUUUAAUCAAUUUCACCGAUAAGCUUUUCUUCCAGCGCAUGUGUAACCAGAUAGUGGAUAGCACUCUCACAGUGCAUUUAUCGCUUUUGUACCCGUUGUAUUUAUUACAUUUAGUGGCGAAUUGUUUAAUGGCGUCCCAUAGAUCUCGGCCCACGUGGGUGUAGCCGAAGGGUGCAAUCAUGGAUAUCGGAGAUCACCGAUCACGGAUUUUCCCUCAUCCCUCAACCGUUUCAGUUGGCAGACAAAUGUACACACACAUGCAAAGGUGUUUUGAGUAGAUUCUUCCACAUGCGUACCGAUGGUACCGAUGGCCAAUCAGACGCGGUGCAAGCAGCAGGUCGCCAAGGACCACAGUUUGUACCAUCCAGGGGGUACCAAGAGAUCCCGAGAAGACACCCAUGAAUGAGUUUCGAAUUGCCUGACCUGCCCGACCAAAACCCGCUCUGCCACGAAUCAUCCACGCUCUUCCCAAGCAGUCCAUUUGCCAAUCUAUUGUUCUUUCUGUGUUUUUUCUUUCUCUAUUGUAGUACAACGCAACCUGCACCUCAUCUUGACAAUGUUCACGUUGUUUUUGGUCACGUUGUAUCUGGCCAGGACCUAGUGCGCCAACUUGAGCAACUACCGGUCGAUCGCAACUCGCGUCCACUGCAGGAUGCGGUCGUUUCCAACUGUGGGGAGCUGAUUCGCCAGGUGAAAGAAAAGAAAGAAAAAAAGAAGAAAAAGGCAACGGCAUCGAGUGACGAAUCGGUCGACGAGUCCAGUAAGAAGCGCAAGAAGGACAAAAAAAAGAAACGCGAGCGGGAAUCCUCACCUCGGGCGGGAAGGAAAAACGACAUAGAUUCGGUCGAGGAAGGCGAACUGGAGGAUGACGUUCAUCCGAUGGCAACGGUGACAAAGAUAAACCCGGACGAAAUUCCCGAAGUUUCUAACAAAUAUCUGAUGCGUGGCGACGGCAGGCGUCCGACCGGCGAGGACUACGGUGAUCGCAAGCGGGAUGGCGAUCAGAGGGGUGCCCGAGAUCAAAAAGGCUUUGGUUGGUCCAAGAAGCGGGUGCCACUGUCGCGCAGCGGCCGCAUCAUCAAGGGAAGAGGGAAUUUUGUAAGAAUUCGUUAUCGUACACCAUCGCGAUCACGCAGCCGUUCUCGGAGCCAGACACCGAUCCACUGGCGUGCGGCCCAGAAGCGCACCAUCAAGAUGACCGAUCUGGAGAAGUUGGAAGAGGAAAAGCGGCAGCGUGAGGUGGAAAUCAAGCGCCGAGAAGCGGAACGCAAGAAGCGCCACGAAGAGUUGGCCAAGGGUGCGUCCAAAAAAUCGUUCUUCGAACUCAACCAAGAGCCAGUCUCUACGGGAGCCGCACUGACAGCCCAAAGCGAGUCGCCCAACGGCGAAGGCAAAGAGACGCGCCAAGAGCGAGCCAAGUCCGAUGGGUCGGUUGAUAUGAAUGCGCUGGAUUACGAGCAUCAGCCGGCCGAACAGUCGGAUGACACGGAGGGGGAGGAUCAGGCCCAGACAGCAAGCAACAGGAAGAGUGAAACGCUCGCCAAGGCACUCGGCGUGGAGCCAAAGAAGAAGGCAAACGAUUCAGUCGCAGGCGGUGACGAUCGACGACGUCCAGGGGAUGACGGACGGAAUCGCAAUCACUCUCGGAGCCGUUCGCGCGAACGAAGACGGGCACCGGAUGAACAUCGGGGACGAUCCCCGGUGCACUAUCGUGGUGGAAACCGGCGUCCACCGUUCGGUGGUGGUGGUCAGCACUUUAAUCGAUUCAAUCCUCAACGUCGGUUCAGCGGCGGCGGCGGCGGCGGUGGUGGUUUCGUUGGUGGAUCGUACUAUUCGCGACCAGCUCGUCCGCGUUUCGGAGGCAAUGAGCGACAGGAUCGCGAUCGGCGUCGAUCCAGAAGCCGUGACGAAAAACGUUCACGCCGAGAUCGUUCAAACAGUCGCUCCCGAAGUCCGGAUCGGCGUCAUCGCCGGCGGCACAGUAGCGAUUCGCAAAGUUCCGCAUCGCCCGAUCGUUCGCUGCGCCAUCGCUCCGAGUCGCCGAAGGAAGCGCGCGCCUCACGGCCCGCACGUGCGUCCCACGAGAGAGGUGGCCACGGGAAGGGCUUCAAUGGGAAGGAAAAGGAGAGCGUAAAGAAAGAGAAAAGCCCGGGUUCGGUGGCAACCGCGAUCGUGGCCGCAGCUACCGCUGCCGUAGAGGCGGCUUCACAAGCGGUGGCGGUGAGCGUGAAGAAGGAGUGCAGCAUCUCGGAGGAGGAAAAGUCAAGGCUGCAGAAGGAAAAGAUGCUGAAGCGUGCCGAAACGUUGCUGCUGCUCAAGAGCCAUAUGGAGAAGGAGAUCGAAGAGCAACAGCGCAAGGCACGCGAAAAGCAGGAACACCGUGUGAAAAUUGAACGCGGUGACGAUGGAGCGCUCGAUGCGGUCAUGGAUUUGGCCCAGCUGAAGCAACUCAAGAAGGAAACGCUCGAAAAACUCAAUGCACAGGAGGCCGCCCAGCGCAUUCUGCAGACCGUCGUUACGAAUGUCGGUGCGGUGGCUACCUCCAGCGGCCAUAAGAAGAAGUCGAAAGCAAGUGGAAAGCGUCGCUCGUCCAGCACGUCCUCUUCGUCCUCGUCCUCGUCGUCUGCCUCUUCCUCGAGGGGGUCCUCUUCGAAGAAGGAAAAGAACCGCAAGAAGCGCAAGGAGAAGAAGCGCAAACAUCGGCGACAUUCGUCGAGUAGCUCGUCCUAGAAGUACUCCUAGGAUCAAUUCCUGGUCAAUUCCUGGUUGUCCGUAUACUACCCUACCAGCACGGUUUUCCUGUGCUAUAUCUCCUGCCCGUCCACCAGGCAGAUGCAGGUGCCUCGGCACCAAUUUGAGUAAUGGUUUGCAUUUUC